CGGAACCGGAAAUGGAUGUACGGUAGCAACUGUCGUUGGGGUAAAUGAAUCCGUAAUUAGCUCGUCGGGUGUAUUUGACCAUGUCGGGCUUAGCUGAUGAGACAGCAGGAGACCUCCCUGUGAAGGAUGUAGGCAUGAACCUGGCUGGAAUUGGUGGAUUGCAAGAAUCAUCUGGUGCACAGAACACUAGAGCUCGUCAAGCAGUGUCUCGCAUCUGCCGUGAAGAGCUAGAAGAUCGCUUUCUUCGGCUACACGAUGAAAACCUUUUACUCAAACAACAUGCACGAAAACAAGAGGAUAAAAUUAAAAGGAUGGCUACCAAGCUAAUUAGGCUUGUAAAUGACAAGAAGAAGUCUGAGAUGGAGAAUGGCGGCACCAAGCGGAUAGGCAGGGACAUUGAGAUGGAAGAAAUGAUUGAGGAGCUGCAGGACAGAGUUUGUGAACUGGAGAAGCAGAAUGAAGGGCUGAGGAAUCGACUGGUAGCUGCUAAACAGCAGCUCCAAGUGCAGGGCCGUAGAAACACCCCGUACAGUUAUGUACAAUCACGUAUAAACACUGGCCUCCGAAAAGUUCAUGAAGUUGCCUUUAUGCAAGAGAAUCUUAAAAAAGGUAUCAGAGUUCAAGAUCUAGAGUUGACAACCAGGUCUACCCAACCUUUGCUUCCCAGAUAUGGACAUAGCUUGCUUGAAGAUGCCAGGGCUGAAGUGCGAAAUCUAGAGAAUUGCAUUGAGUCCCAGAAGGUGCAGAUGGAAGAGAUGGAGCAAACUGUUGAGAUACUGAGAGAACAGAUUAGGAAGAAGGAUAAAGAAUAUGAGGAGUCUCUUCUGCAUCUCAGAGAGCACCAGGCAACAGGACAGAGGACUGCAAUCAGAGACAAUGUGGAGAUGAUAAAGCUACAAAAACAACUUGUGGAAAAAGGAGCUGCACUUACUGUCUUGGAGGGAAAAUUUUUGCAAAUUCAAGAGAACCAGAAAACCAUGAAGGCCAGUCAUGAUGCUUUAAUGAGUAAAGUUGAUGAACUGAAUGCACAGCUGAAAGAAGAACGUUCUAAGUGUCUUUCUCUUGAAAAUCAACUCUGCUCAACCUCCUUUUCUCAAAAAACAACUGUGGAGCUACAAGAGAGAGUCAAUGAUUUACAAAAGGAAAGAGAUCUUUUGAAGGAAAAUUAUGACAAAUUAUACAACAGUGCUUUUGACAUGACCCACGAACAACAGUGGAAGUUGAAGGAACAGCAGCUGAAACUACAGAUUGCACAGCUCGAGACCGCACUAAAAUCUGACCUGGCUGACAAAAAUGACAUCUUGGACAAAAUAAAACUGGAAAGAGAACAAAAUGAGCGACUCUCCCAGGAGAACAAAGAACUUCAGUUGCACUAUCUGGAACACAAGCAACAGUUGGAUGAACUAAAAGAACGUAUGAAGUUCUUCACCAAAGAAAGUGAUAUUGAUGUGGCUGAACUCAGCGAAGCACUGAUGCUCAUAAAGGUUCGUAAACAUCAGAAGAAUGGAAAUCUUGAAUUCCUGGAGAAAGUAGAGCAUGACAUUAAUAAAGAUUUGGAGUACUCUGUGCGAGAGCUUCAGGCAGCGCAUGCAGAAACUGUUCAAGAACUUGAAAAGACAAGAAAUAUGUUACUUAUCCAGUACAAGAUUAAUAAAGAUUAUCAGAGUGAAGUCGAUACUGUGACACGGAAGAUGGAAGAUAAUAAUCGAGAAUAUGAGAUAAAACUGGGGCAAUAUGCACAGCUACUUGACAUUAGGGCUGAUCGGAUCAGAAAACUUGAAGCCCAACUCAAAGACAUAGCCUAUGGCACCAAACAAUUCAAAUUCAAACCAGAAAUAACAACUGAUGAUCAAGCUGAUGAAUUUGAUGAAACUGUCCAUUUAGAACGUGGAGAAAACUUAUUUGAGAUCCAUAUCAGCAAAGUGACCUUCUCUCCUGAAGCCAUUAAGGCUUUCGGUGAGCAAGAACCUGCUACUUUCUGUACCUAUGCAUUCUAUGACUAUGAACUCCAGUCCACCCCUGUAAUACAUGGACUGCAGCCAGUAUUUGACUUCACAUCUCAGUAUGUUGUCCGAGUGGACGACUUCUUCCUACAGUAUUUACAGAAAAACACAGUAAAACUAGAGGUACAACUCGCAUAUGGCACAGAAUAUGAAACUAUUGCAGCAUGCCAGUUGAGAAUGCAUGAAAUCCUUGAAAAGAAUGGCAGAAUUUUUGGCACAGAAUUUUUGGUUGGUGUCAGAGGAGAUUUUGAAAAUUAUGGAGCAGUGGAAUAUUGGUUCCGACUACGUGUAGCAAUGGCUCAGGCUAUUCGGCUUUACAGAGAGCGAACAAAAGCACUGGGAUACCUAACUUCCAGUCAUUCAAUCGAUCAAACACAACAGGCACACACUGCAGCUCUGACAGAUGGUAAUCUGAACGAACUUCAUAUUACUAUAAAAUCUUGUGACAACCUGCAAGCCAAAGGAAAGAACAUCCAGCCAAGUCCUUAUGCUGUCUACAAGUUCUUUGAUUUUGCAGACCAUGAUACAGCCAUCAUUCCAAACAGCAAUAAUCCACAGUUUGAUAAUCACAUGAAAUUUCCUGUACCAAUUAAUGCAGAGCUUGACCGAUAUUUAAAGUCAGAAUCUUUAAUUAUUUACGUAUUUGAUGAUGCAGAGCCUAAUGAUACUGCUUACCUAGGGAAGGCCAAAGUUCCCCUUAUUUCGUUGGCUCACAACAAGUACAUCAUAGGAACAUUUGAACUUACAAACUCUGAAGGACAAGGCAAUGGCACAUUAGAUGUUGAAUUAAAAUGGAUGAUAUCAUACUUGCCAUCAAAUGAAUCCAUAAUGACCGUGGAUCAAAGUGAGGUAGUCCCGAAGCAAAGACCAGAAAAGUUGCCAGUAAAAGAGGAAUUUCAAGAGCCUUCACCUACUGUAUCUGAGGAAUCAAUUUUGGCAGAGAAAUCUAGAAAGCAAUUAUCUAAUCGAGAAGAAAGAAGAGUAUCGUGGGCAGAUAUAGAGAUUUCUGGCAGUCUACUAACUAGAGCAGCAAAAGGAUUUGAAGCUCAUGUGCCUGAUGUUAUCAGCAAGUCAGAUCAGGUGAAAAUUGCUACAACGGAGCCUGAACCAAUUGGUCAGGUUGUCACAGACACAGGGUUGGAAAUUGGACAGGCUUCAGAAAGUGAAGAGGAGAGCUCAGCAUUUUCAGCAGAGCUGACUUCAGCUAUUUCAGGAGUAACUGAAAAAUUAGAUGAAACAGAACCUGGUCAAGUUGACGAUGACGCUGAGGAAUCAAUAACAGACAGUGAUGACUGUAUUGUCCCAGGCCGGCUGUCAACACAUAUCAAGCAGCCGUCAGAAAAGAUCCGGAUUGAGGUUAUAUCUCUCAGUCUAAACGAAGACGCUCAGAUCCUAAAGGAUGAAACUACUCAACGAUUGUUCGUUGAAUACAGAUUCUACAAUUUGCCAGCUGAGGAAACACCAAUGUCCCUUCCAAAGCCAUACAAUGGACAAUGGAUCUAUUACAAUCACAGCAAUGUGAUCUAUGUGGAUCAAGAAAAUAACCAGCAGAGGAGGCAGUUCCUUUGGUCAGUGCUCCAGGAACUAGAAUUAAACCUCGAGAGUAUAAAAUUUACAAUAGUCAGUGAUCCACCUGAAGAUGAACAAGACUUGGAGUGUGAAGAUGUUGGCUUUGCGUAUGUUAACCUGAGAGAGCUUUUCCAAAAGAAAGAGGACAUUAUCGAACAGAACAUUGACAUUGUUGAUUCACAGGACAGUGCAUUGGUAAUUGGGAAAUUAAAAGUGACAGUGGAGGCAUUGGAGGCAUUGCUUUCAGUAUAUGAGGAGAACAAAUAAAGACAACUGGAAAACCACACAGGACCAGGCACUUCACAAGGAAUAACCUGUUUUCUUGAAAUACACUAAAAUGAGUUUAUUUUCAUUUGUGUGCACCGUAAUUAAGAUUCACAGCAAUUAUUUGAUUUUCUUCAUUUCCAUUUUUUGUUUUCCUUGUUCUGCAUUCAUUCCAAGGAAUUUGUUUUUCUGCUUUUUAUUUAAUACAGUUGAACACUCAACCUUGCACAGGGCUUUGUUAAUAAUUAAUAACUAUGUGAUUGAAUGAUCUUUAUUAUUUGCAUUCUUGAACUUUUUUUCUACAUAUGUAUGCGAGAUGGAUAUUUAAUUUUUAAUAAAGUAUUUUUAGCAUACCAA